UUUCCGUAAUUAGUAUAAGAGCGAUCGCACUUGGAUCGUCGUCGAUGUUUACGCUCCGCGGAACAGAAACGCGUCUCUGAGCGGUGGAAAGCGCGCAGAGCGUGCAAGGUGUGCGGUGCGCAGUGCGGCUAUAAUUUAAGAAGAAUUCGCGUAAUUUCGUCCGACGGUGAACGCGGUUGUUGGAAAUUUCUACAGCAUGGAGGAGAGAGAGGCAAACGCAACGUCGCUGGAGUUGAGGCAGGCAAAAGUUGACGUCGCCUCGUCUUCGGGCUAUUCGAACGGUUCCAUGAAUUUCCCGUCUUCCGACAGCAAACCAAGCGUGUACACCCUGUUCAUUGCCGGAGUCGACUUCCUCAACCAUGUACUCAUCCUUCUUCUCACGGUGUUCACCCUGUACUUCGCCCUGCAGACCGUCAGCUCGUAUCGUUUACACGUGGCCCUCUGCACCCUCGGGUACAUCCUGCUUCUGUCGGAGGCCAUUGUCGUGUUCACCGGAGACGGUGUCCUCUCCAGCCUUCUCACGCAUCGCGGCAAGAAACACCUUCACUGGAUCCUGCAGCUUCUUGGCCUGGUCUGCAUCAUAGUCGGCGUCUGGUUCAUAUACCAGCUGGAAACCAUCCACUUCCGCACCACCCACUCGAUCCUCGGUAUCACGUCCCUCGUUGUCAUGAUAUUCGUCACGGUGUUCGGCUAUCCAGUCUUCAUCGCCGGGAAACUCAGCAAGUGGGUGAGGCCUGUGACGAUCAAAUUCGGCCAUAAUUUCCUGGGUCUAGCCUCCUUCGUGAUCGGUAUGGCCUCGCAGUGCUACGGUUACAAGUAUCGGGUGACAGACAUUUCGAAGGAGGUGAACUUCAACAAUGUCUGCAUAGUGGUUACCUGCGUGAUCACUUUCCUGUCGGUGAGGAGGGCUCUUCCUACCCUCUUCCAACAGUUCCUGCGUCUGUUCAAGUGAAGAAUUCCUCGACGUUCAAAGUGCCGUCAGAGGCAGCGCCGAUAACGUUUGCUCGUAAUUACGAGCUGCAUGGCUUCGAGGGAACAUCGGGGUAAUCUUUGCGCUUUUGGAAAAGGGGAGGAGGACUGCGCGAUCCGGAUGCGGAGAGGAUUUCGAAAUGCUGGUGAAAAUAAAGCGGAACGCGGACCUCUAUUUUCCCUAUUCCCUUUCAACGGACGAACGUGGUCGAGAAGCAAACGUUGUUACAGCAUAAUUCGAUUCUU